CCAAACUGCAAACAUGGCGCUCCCCAGACUGUUGUCGUGUUCACAAGUAAUUAGGCAUCAGGUUCAUCAGUUUCCUGCGGCAGAUAUGGUUGGACAGCUAUCGUCUUUGUCUGUGGCCUGUACUCAGGUUAGACACAUGCCACAACGUAGUAAAUUUAAAACAAAACAUUAUGAUCCAAAAUGGAGAAAAGAGAGAGCAGCAAAAAUGCUCAAGAUUGACCUUCCAGAUUAUAUUAAAUUAAAGAAGGAUCAGAAUCUGAGUUUAGAAGAGAUGAGAGCUAAGAUGAAAAAGGAGGGUAUCAGUCCACCAACCCCUUAUCAAGAACGACCUAUUCUCAUAACAUGCACUGAUUUUGGGAUCAGAGCACAAGAUAUGCUUCAUUACAGAUUAAUGAACAUGCAAAGUGAGUGGACCGAGGCACAUAUAUCCAAUGGCAACGUAGAGAUAAGUCUUACUGCAAAAAUAAAAUCAGUUGAAGACAAGCUGCAUGAAUUAGUCACUGAAAGAGCAUUUCCUGAUUUGACAUUAGACUUGAGUGAGAAGACAAUAAGGUGGAAGUGGAUAGAAUCCCUAGAACCUCCUACAGUCACUCACGUCCGUCAAACAGACAUUAUAACAAAGGAAAACAUUUACGGUCAGGUGACCGUUAGAAUGCACUCCAAGCAAAUGCUUGCCAUCUACGACAGAUUCGGAAGGCUUGUCUACGGCAGUGAGACAAUGCCAAAAGACGUUCUGGAAUACGUAGUCUUUGAGAAGCACCUGUCGGACCAGUACGGCUGCUGGCGGCUUCACGCGAAGAUCGUACCCGAAUGGAUGCCUCGGAGAGAUGCGGUGCACAGGACCUUUGUCAUGCCAUCCUUGCAGGAGGUCGAGGAAGAGGAGCCUAAACAGGAAGAUGAUGGUUCAGUGGUGUCGUCCGCUGACGCGCAGUCACAGCCUGUUGCUGCUUAAUGCUAAUGUGAAUAUCUUGUGCCACAGCUAGGAUUAUACAGGUGGAUGGGGUUGAGAAAUACGUACAGUAUGCAAAUGAUAAUUAAUAGAACGAGUCCUUUAAUGCAUGGAAGGAAGUCUCAUGUAGCAUUUUGAAUCAGUGUCCCUUUUCAUGCAAAUCACUAUGCAAUACUUGCGUUUCUAUUUGUUCAUUGCAAGUUUCACUGUAGGUAAAGUAAGUUUUUCAUCACUCACAUUUGUGAUCAGAUAACGAUGUGGACGAGCUAGAAGACAUCAAGACAUGUGUAACAUAGUAUAGUAUGUGUGUAGUUUUUGUUUUACUUGUGAAAAUGCUCAUGGUUCAACUAGAGAAUUAUGUACUGUGCAUACGUCAUGGCUAUUCGACAAUAAAAUUGUGCGAGAAUUUAUAUAUACA